AUGAAAACAGAGCAGUAACUGAAUCCACGGGGGAGGCUGGGUCCAAGCCUUCUCAUUUCUGUGGGUGCUAAUCUGAAGUUCCUUCCUUCAUGAGACUAUCCGCCCAUUUUGGCAGAACAUUCGUGUAAAACCAAAAUUUCACAUAUGGAACUCUCAAGUCACCCAUCUGCCACCACCCACCUUAUUUUUUGGGGUUGAAAAUUUGUCACAGGGACAAAUGUUAUCUCCUACGAUUUGAGAACCAAAAAUGAUCCGACAGCAUCAAAAAGUUCACCUAAACUACGUUAAUGGGGUAUCAGUGCCUUGCUCCUCUAUUCCCCUCACCCCCAGAAUGGGUUUAUCAGUGUAUUAUUUAUAUGUGCAUAUAUAUACAUAUAUAAUAUUAUAUUUAAUUAUCUUCCGUACUCUGAGCUUUUUGAAAAUUGUGCUUAAUUUUCAUUUUGGAUAAAUACUCAUCUUUUUGAGAAUUUAUUAUCAUAAUGGUUCCCAUGGAAACAGACAUACAUUCUAGCUCAUAAGGGAGGUCGUGGUACAUGUUACCGGACUUCGUGAGCAAUUGCUAGGGAGGUUGUGAAACCGGGCUGAACUUUAAAGUCAAAAGCCGGCACUAUUUUUUUGGCCCUUGCCGCCUCACGUACUUUGUGCCGCAAUUGCAACUUCUGUGCUCUGCUCAGGAACUUUGUACUGAGAGGAGUUAACGAAAACUUGCUCGUGUCUCUCAGCCCCGGGCGGCCGCUCAGGGCGAUAAAACGUCCCCUGUCCUGGCACGCCCAGCCCGCGGUUGAGACUGCAACCGUGAUUGACCGGCAGCUGCCUGACCCGCGGCGCUGGUUCCCCGCUGACCUGAGCCCUCCCGCCGCACGUCCUGCGCCAGCAGCCAGACUCCGCAGCGGCGCCUAGGGACCUGACCGCGCCAACCCGCCCGGGAGCCCCUCGGUCAUCCGCCCGCCCAUGUUCUUGGCCAUCAGGAGGGCCAACCAGCUCUUCCACAGUGUCUUUCCUAUCCGGAGAAUGGGUGACUCCGCUUCCCGGAUUGUCCGCCCCCAGGAGGCCUUGCCAGGCCGGAAGGAGCCGAUGGCCGUAGAGGCCAAGCAUCACGUCAAUGGCAACAGAACAGUUGAACCUUUCCCAGAGGGAACACAGAUGGCUCUAUUUGGCAUGGGCUGUUUCUGGGGAGCUGAAAGGAAAUUCUGGACCCUGAAAGGAGUAUAUUCAACUCAAGCUGGUUUUGCAGGGGGCUACACUCCCAAUCCUACCUAUAAAGAAGUCUGCUCAGGAAGAACUGGCCAUGCAGAAGUAGUCCGAGUGGUGUACCAGCCAGAACACAUCAGCUUUGAGGAACUGCUCAAGGUCUUCUGGGAGAAUCAUGACCCGACCCAAGGCUUGCGCCAAGGCCAGGACCACGGUUCUCAGUACCGCUCUGCCAUCUACCCAACCUCCGCGGAGCACAUGGAGGCAGCCCUGAGGUCCAAAGAGGACUACCAGAAGUCUCUCUCUUUUUUCUUUCUUCUCUCCGUGUCAAGCUGCUCAGGCUACCAUACAAAAUACUGCAGACUGGGGGGCUUAAACCACAGAAAUCUAUUGUCUCACAGUUCUUCUGAUGCCUCUGAAUUUAAAAUUGCAGUGUUGGCAGGACUGGUUCCUUCUGAGGCUGUGAGGGAAGGCCUUGCCCCAGGCCUCUCCGUGGCUUGCAGACAGCUGUCCUUCCCUGCGUCUUCUCAUUACCUGCCCUCUCCCAGCACCUGUUUCUGUGUCCAAAUUAACCCCUUUUAUGACAACUCCAGUCAUAUUGGGUUAGGGCCUUAACCUAAUGGCCACAUUGAACUCAGUUACCUCUGUAAAAACCCUAACUCCAAAUAAGGUCACAUUCUGAGGGCCUGGCAGUUGGGAUUCCAACAUAUCUUUUUGGGGAUGCAUGAUUCAACAGAGAAUGCUCUGUCCGUUGCUGGUAACAAUAGAUUGAAUUAUAAUAAAAAAUAGUCCUCAGAAAUAUAGACAUUACAUCAUGAAAUAAUUAUUUUCACCAUUAACUUGUAUCCUAUUUUUAAAAUCUUCUUUAAUAGAGAUUUAGUUCUUUUAAAAAUAACUUGCAUUGCCUUAAAUUUUGCAACUUUGUGAUAGUUUCAAUGGUAAUUUUCUUUAUAUUGUCUGAUUUGGUUCCACAUUUAACAAUAGGGCCAGGAGCUACUGUAAGGCUGAUCUGUUUUAGAAUUACAUAAAAAGUCUGCUAUGCAGUAGUUCCGAGGAAUGUCUGGAUUCUCCACCUGUCCCCAUGGUUGCAGAAGUGGCAGAGAGGAGGAAGUAGGGGCAAGAGCCUAUCUACUGAGGAAAAGUAUCAGGACGUGCAACUCUGGGUCAGUUCAACCCUGAAAAGCAGAGAGAGCUAACAGAGUCACUGAUGGGACCCCAGUUACUCCUCAGCAUGUCCCCCUCCCUCCGAGGCUGUGAUGUCUGCUUGGGUGAUAGCAGUAAGAACCUUCCAGGUGGCCCUCAAUGGCUCUGCCCACAUGGAAUCCCUCUCUUUGAGUGUGGGUUGGGUUUACUGACUCCAGUGAAUGACAGAAGUGAUGGGAUGUUAUUUAUGAGAUGAGUUUACCACAAGAUUGUGGCUUCCACCCUGGGGGCCCUUUCUCAUUUGCUCUGGGGAAAGCCAGCUGCCAUGCUGUGAGGCAGCCCCGUGUAAAGGCUCACAUGGCAGGGGAUGAAGGCUUCCAAGAACCACAUGAGCAAGCCUGGAAGCCCCUAAACCCCAGUCAUGCUUUCAGAUGAGACUGCAGCCCCAGUGUGACAGUUUGAUUGCAGCCUUAGAAUGGGCCUCAAACCAGAGGCACCCAGCUGAGCUGCUUUGCAGAAACUUCAAGAAUAUAAAUGUUUUGAAGUCAUUUGAGUCUAGUUAUAUUUCCAUUCUAAAAAGCUUUUAAGUAUAAAUUAUCCUUUCUCAUAUCUCUUUUUAUGAUGACUUUUAUGAUAGUGGUGGACUUACCUGCUGGCAGUUAAGCAUGCAGCCUCCAGCCUUGAAUUGCUUCACUUGGUAUGUCAGCCGCAUAACUUUGUAUCAAAUGCCUGAAACUAAGAAAGCCACAUAUCAUAUUCACUCCAGGCAGACACAUAAGGAGGAGAGACCUCUGUCACAAGACUCCAAGCCAGAAGCAAUGGGAGCUUUGUCUAUGAUGGUGGAAGUAUGAAUGGAAUGAAGGGAUGUUUCGAAAGUUGAACUAAUAGAAACUCAGACUUAGAUUGGAAGUAAUGAAUAGAUGAGCGGAGGAGUCCAGGGUGACUUUCAGGUUUCUGGCUAGUGGUGUUUUAUAUGAAGAUCUGGAGGACCAGAGGCAUAUUUAUGGAGACAGUAAGUUAAAUUUGGAUAUGUGGAGUUUAAGGUACCCCUGAUAUGUGCAUUCACUUGGCUGUUAGGAGGAGACGGGGACUGUCCCCACCUUUCAGGGAGGGUUGUUGAGGGUUGUUGUGACUACUAACUGGGUUAAUACUUGUAAAGCAUAGGGCCUGGCACAUAGUAAGUGCUCAACAAAUAGUAGCCCUUUUACUCUGGGGAUUGUCAACUUAUAUUUGGUAAAUGAAGCCUUAGUUGCUGAUUUGAUCACUUAGGAAAAAUGAUGAGUGAUAAAAGGAGACCUAGGACCCAAGGAACACCAACAUUUGAGAGAUGGGUAAGGAAGUGCCCAUACCAUACAGGACACUGUGGCAGGAUUGAUAGAAAAUCACCCCCAAGCAAAAACUUAAAAGUUAGUUCUAUUUGGUUUAAUCCCACGAUAUUUAAUUGUAAAGGCUGUGUUAGUAAUUAAUACUAAAAGUUACCUAUGAUUAGUGCUAUACAUUGAUUUCCUAUUGUAAGGAUUCACAGCCUCUUAAGAAUGAACAGUAAUACUAAGAGACUCUGGAAGGAUAUUAAUUUCCCUCCAGAAUAUCUCAAAAUGAGUUGAUAUUCAGGUGUUCAUAAUGAAGAUUUUAAGUUCAAAAGUUGGUGUCUUCCGUGUGAUGAUGAAGAGGCUAACUUACACCUGAUUUGCUGGUUUCCACCCCAACAUAGCUUCCUAUCCUUCAAUUUGAGUGGACCCACAUUGAUGUUAGACACUGAUACACAUAUGAAUUAAAAUUUAGAUAUUAAAUAUUCUUUUUUUUUUUUUUUUGCUAUUUCUUGGGCUGCUCCUGUGGCAUAUGAGGGUUCCCAGGCUAGGGGUCCAA